AUGGCCGCAGCCGUCGGUGCCAAUCCUGUGACAGCCAUGCCCGGCCAACAGAUGCUAAUGGAGCCGAUCACCGGACAGUUCCCUGCCCAAACUGUGGCUCCCAUGGGCACUAUGCAGCCUGCUCCAGGCCCUGGGCUCGUCUACCCCAUGCCAGAGGCUGUGCCAGCCCAGCCUCCUCAGGGCUACAUGUACGCGGCCCCACCAGGCACGACCAUGGAGGCAGCUCCCACCACGGAGGCGCCUGCCAUGCCUGGUCCGGGCUUCAUGUAUGCCGUGCCCGCCGCUGACCCUGCGACCGGCCCCGCCGGCCCGGAGCCCGGCUACACCUUUGCCGCUCCUGCCAUCGAGGGCGCACCCGGCGCAUCCGAGGGCGCACCCGUCUUCGCUGCCCCGGCCCAAGCCCAAGUUGGCGAGCCACUGCCCGGGCAGACGAUCAUGGGCCAAACGUACCAGGUGAAGAUCCCCAUUGAGAGCGUCAGGGACCCCACCGGCGCGAUUGCAACGCAGUACCCGGCGUCCUUCCAGCAGAUCCAGGUGGAUGGCGAGGCCCAGUACGUUGCCGGCAAGUCCGAGCAGGUCGACGGGCCCCCUCAGGUUGGCACACAGCGUGUUGAGCAGACCGUCGCCGGGCAGGUGAAGCAGCAGAUCGUGGAGAUCCCGCAAGUGCAGGAGGUCGUUGAGGAACAGGAGAUCCCUGAGGUGCAAGUCGUGCAGAAGGUGGUCGAGGUUCCCCAGGUUAUCACGCAGCAAGUGGAGCAGAUCGUGGAGCAGAUCGUGCACGUGCCCGAGAUCAUCCACCAGCCAAAGGUCUCACACCGCCAGGUGGAGCAGGUUGUCGAUGUCCCUGUUCCUCAGCUGGUUGAGGAGGUUGUGCACGUUCCAGUGACGCAGACCCAAGCCCGUCACCACCAUGUUCACGUCGAGCAAACCGUCGAGGUUCCCGUGCCGAUGAUGCAGGAGCAGCAGGUUCACGUCCCCAAGGUGGUGACCCAGAAGCGGCAGAUGCAUCAGCACGUGGAACAGAUCGUUGAGGUCCCGGUGCCCAUGACGCAGGAAGAGGUCGUGCACAUCCCGAAGGUCGUGACGCAGACGCGCGUUCAGCAUCAGCAGGUGGAGCAAGUGGUCGAGGUGCCGGUCCCCAUGACCCAGGAGGAGGUUGUGCAUGUGCCCAAGAUCAUCAAGCAGCCCCGCAUCGUGCAUCAGCAGGUCGAGCAGAUCGUGGAGGUGCCUGUGCCGAUGACGCAGGAGGAGCAGGUCCAUGUGCCCAAGAUCAUCACCCAGACCCGUCAGAUGCAGCAGACUGUGGAGCAGAUCGUUGAGGUUCCUGUGCCCAUGACGGAGGAGGUUGUCGUGCAUGUGCCGAAGACGGUGACCCAGACGCGCGUGAUGCAUCAGCACGUGGAGCAGGUGGUCGAGGUGCCAAUGAUGCAGACCCAGGAGCAGCUGGUCCACGUCCCGACAACCAUGCAACAGGAGCGCAUCGUCCACCAGCCCGUGGAGCAGAUCGUCGAGGUUCCCGUGCCCAUGACGCAGGAGCAGGUCGUGCACGUCCCCAAGGUGAUGCAGCACGAGCGAGCCCACCACUUCCACGUGGAGGAGAUCGUCGAUGUUCCCGUGGAGCAGCACAUCGAGCAGAUCGUGCAUGUGCCCAAGGUCCAGAAAGUCGAGAAGAUUGUCCACAACCCUGUGGAACUCGAGGUGGAGGUGCCCCGCCCUGUGGUGGUUGAGAAAACCGUCCAGGUGCCCCGAAUCUCCGUGGAGGAGAAAGUCGUGCGGGUGCCGAAGGUGCUCAACACCGUGGUGGACACCGUGGUCCAGAACACCCUCGAGACCGUCGAGGUCGUGAAGCCGGUGGUGGUGCACAAGGUGGUGCAGCGAAAGAAGCCCGUCAUCCAGGAGGAUGUUGUGCAGGUGCCAAAGGUCGUCUUCCAGCACGUGCCGGUGGAGAAGGUUGUUGAGAAGCAGGUGUCCGUGCCGGUGAUGCAGGAAGUCGAGCAGAUCGUGGAUGUGCCGGUGGUAAAGCACAGGCAGGUUCCCGUCGUUCAGAAGGCGGUGAAGCAGAUCGAGGUGCCGCAGGUGUCUUAUACGGACCACCAUGUGGAGGUUCCGAUUCACAAGCAGGUGCAUGUUCCCAUGGUGCAGACCGUCAUGAAAGAGAUUGAAGUGCCUCAGAUUCAGUUCGAAGACGAGAUCAUCCCCAUCCCCGUCCAGAAGCAGGUCCAGGUGCCCAUGGUGCAGAAGGUGCAGGUGCCCGUGGAGGUUCCGCAGAUCCAGUACGAGGACCAGGUGGUCCAGGUUCCUGUGCAGAAGCAGGUCCAGGUUCCCAUGAUCCAGAAGGUGCAGAAGAUCGUUGAGGUGCCUCAGAUCGAGUACGAGGACCAGAUCGUGCCUGUGCCUGUGCAGAAGCAGGUGCAGAUCCCCAUGGUCCAGACCGUUCAGAGGCAGGUGGAUGUGCCGCAGCUUCAGUACGAGGACCAGGUUGUCCACGUCCCUGUCCAGAAGCAGGUGCACGUGCCGAUGGUCCAGCAAGUGCAGAGGCAGGUGGAGGUCCCACAGAUUGAGUAUGAGGACCAGGUGGUGCAGAUCCCCAUCCAGAAGCAGGUGCAUGUGCCGCAGAUGCAGACUGUCCAGAAGACGGUGGAGGUGCCCCAACUCGAGUUCGUUGACAAGGUGGUGCAAGUGCCAGUGGAGAAGGCCGUGCACGUGCCGAUGGUGCAGACGGUGCACAGAGAAGUCGAGGUUCCGCAGAUUGAGUACAUCGACAACCAUGUGCACAUCCCGGUGCAGAAGCACCGCCACGUGCCAAUUCACAUUCCUGUGGAGCGCCCAGUGGAGGUCACCGUCAUUGAGACCGUUGAGAAGGUCGUGGAGGUGCCGAUCGUGAAGCAGGUCGAAGUCCCGCAGGUCCAGACCAUCGAGAAGAUCGUGGAAGUUCCGAUGGUGCAGAUGGUGCAGAAGGUUGUGGAGAUCCCGCAGGAGGGGCAGACCAUGCAGGGAAAUGUUCGCGAAGUGGAUAUCCCUGCGGCACCGCGGCGCGAGGAACAUCCGGCGCAGACCAUCCAGCAGGUCUUGGCCGGACCAGACCACCCAACGCAGUACGUCCAGGGCCAGGCCCCACCUGAGGGUGCACCCCAGGGCGCAAUCUUCGCCGCGCCGAUGAUGGAGAUGCAGGAUCCCGCGCAGUUUGCGCCCCCUCCGGGCGCCGUUUUCGCAGCCCCGAUGAUGGAGGCCCAGACCGCCCCUCAGGGAGCCGUCUUCGCGGCACCGACCAUGGAGGCUGCGCCACAGCAGAUGCCACCUCCGGGAGCAGUCUUCGCUGCGCCCAUGAUGGAGGCUGCGCCAGAGCAGAUGCCGCCACCGGGAGCAGUCUUCGCUGCACCAGUGAUGGAGCCGCAGGCAGCCCCCCAGGGUGCAGUCUUCGCGGCUCCUGUCAUGGAGCCCCAGACCACUGUCGGCGAGACGGUGUACCUGCCGCCGAUUACCGCGCCGGCCGAGGGUGCUGCGCAAAUGGCGCCCCCGAUCGCUACUUAUGCUCCAGCCACACAGGAACCAGCCACCAUGUACGCGGCUCCCAUGCCCCAGGUGCCGGCCACAACUACCAUCGGCGAGCCGGUCUACCUGCCUCCGAUCACGGCGCCGGCUGAGGGAGCAGCGCAGAUGGCCCCUGCUACCAUGUACGGCGCGCCGCCGACACAGGGCGCCAUGUACGCCACGCCAAUGCAGCAGAUGCCAACGACCACCACCAUCGGUGAGCCCGUCUACCUGCCUCCCAUCACCGCACCAGCGGAGGGUGCUGCCCAGAUGGCUGGCGGUGUGCCUCCCGUUUCACUCUAUGGGGCCCCGGCCACGACCAUCCAGGUACCGGCUUAG